CAACCCCGCAACCACACCAUGGCCGUCCCCAGCAUCACCAACCAACAUGAAGUAUGUCGUACCACCCGGCGCUGCCGAAGUCAGCAUACUCCGCCCUCGGGCUUGCCCCCAGUGUAGUCAGGAUCCUGAUGAACCCCAAGCCACGCGCGCCGUCCAUCAGCGCGCCGGAGCUGCACCAGAAUGCGACCGACUUCGCCGAGCGCCUGCCGGAAAAUGAAUCCCACAUCAUGCUGUAUGCAGAGCUGCUGCUGCACAUCCGCACCAUCACGCUGUUUGCGAGCCUGCGGAGCCACCACACGCGAGAAACCAAGGCACGACUCGAUGCGGACGGAAGCCUGAUUACCGUGUCGCACGAGGGGUAUCGCGCGACUAUACGGCUCCCGAUCAAAGUCGAGGGCAAGGGCGAUGCCGCGCUCGAAUUGCCUGCGCAGCCCCCGAGCAAGGAGCUGACGCUCAGACUGCAGAUGGAAGAGCAGGAGGACAGCGAUAUGCUGGGGCUGAUGGCUGAGUCGCGCAAGGCGAACAUUGUGCCUUGGGAUGGCGUGACGCUGAGGAAGCAGGAGGGCGUUGAGCUUAGGUGCAAGAACUGCGAGGGCGUGGUGGUUGAGAGGGACGCCGUGAGAGUGUGGAAGGAUCUCCCGAAUGAGAACUGGGCGGAGAUGAUGGACUUUUGGCAUUGUCAUAAACCGGACGAACAUCAUUUGCACGAUCACACGCAUGAGGCUGGCGGGCAGAAGGGGUAUGCUGCUGGCAACCGUCUUAAAGCAGCAGAGGGCGUUGGCUUCGUGGAUCUCACAGGCUUCCUUCUCAAAGAGCAAGACUGUGAUGGUGCAAAGGUUUCUUUUGAUGAAGAUCAACCGGACACAGCAGUUCUGUGCAAGCACUGCGGCCAGAGCCUUGGUAAGCAAGACGCAUCAGCAGACGGUUGGCGGCUGUGGAAAUGGUGCCUCAGUCUGUCCGCAGGCCCACCCUCAUCACUCUCAUACAGCACACACAGCGUCCAGAAAUGGAUAUCCGCACGGCUGCUAUACCUGAUCGAAAACGUCGGCGUCCGCAAAUUCCAUAUCCACCCUCCGCCAGCUCCCUCAAUAGCGAUGGCAUCCACGCCAACUGCGUGGACGCCGUCUAUACUUGUCUGGGUCUUUACUCCGGAUCUCCUGUUCUCUUCAUCCAUCUCACGCCCGCACCGUACAGACCCAACCAGGGCUGUCAAGUGCUUCUUCAAGAAACAGGCAUGGGCUCCGUUGCAGCCAGGCGAGCCGGAGAGCGCAACGAUUGAGGAUGUCGAGUUUCCGCAGGAACUGUAUGAAGAGCUGCAGGAGAGUCUGUAUGAGAGCCAGAACAUAAUACCGGCGACGGCGAGGAAGUUCCAGGGCUGGAAUGUAGGGUUGCUGGAAAGGUUCGAUGUCGGUGAAGAGGUGCUUGAUGAGCAUGAUGAGGGUAACGAAGGGGUAGAGGGGGUGGAGGGACUUGGUCUUGGUGACGACGAUGGGAGGAGAGGAAGAGAAGUACGGCGGUCGAUGUCACAGGAGUCUCUUGACUGAGCAUACCACAUACAUGUGACGGACUUGGAGGGACACGUUUAGCAAUACCCCGGGAUAAAGACGAAGCACUCGUGAAUUAACAAGAUGGGCUCUGCGCGCUUCCG